GCAGGUGCCAGUGGGGAGGAGGCCGCCGGAGAGAAAGCCGCAGCUUCCUUCCACCUCGCGCCGGGCCCGCCGCCGCGCAAGGAACAUCUCCGGGUUCCUCCCAGCGGGAACCCCCUGCCCCAGAACUUUGGUAUCGUCCCAUCCACCCCCGCCCGCGCCAUGGUCUCGCCCUAGGGAGUCAUCGAUAACUCUACGCUCGACCUCGAUCGACUCUCUCCCGCUCCCCUCGCCGUCCUGGACACGGCGGAUUGCGGAGUCGCCCGUAAGCUCUAGGGCCCGUGCAGGCCACACCAUGAACACGUCCCCAGGCACGGUGGGCAGUGACCCGGUCAUCCUGGCCACUGCAGGCUACGACCACACCGUGCGCUUCUGGCAGGCCCACAGCGGCAUCUGCACCCGGACUGUGCAGCACCAGGACUCCCAGGUGAAUGCCUUGGAGAUCACCCCAGACCGCAGUAUGAUUGCUGCUGCAGGUUACCAGCACAUCCGCAUGUAUGAUCUCAACUCCAAUAACCCCAACCCCAUCAUCAGCUAUGACGGCGUCAACAAGAACAUCGCAUCUGUGGGCUUCCACGAAGACGGCCGCUGGAUGUACACGGGCGGCGAGGACUGCACAGCCAGGAUCUGGGACCUCAGGUCCCGGAACCUGCAGUGCCAGCGGAUCUUCCAGGUGAACGCACCCAUUAACUGCGUGUGCCUGCACCCCAACCAGGCAGAGCUCAUCGUGGGUGACCAGAGCGGAGCUAUCCACAUCUGGGACUUGAAAACAGACCACAACGAGCAGCUGAUCCCCGAGCCCGAGGUCUCCAUCACGUCUGCGCACAUUGACCCUGACGCCAGCUACAUGGCAGCUGUCAAUAGCGCUGGAAACUGCUAUGUCUGGAAUCUGACGGGGGGCAUUGGUGACGAGGUAACCCAGCUCAUCCCCAAGACCAAGAUCCCCGCCCACACGCGCUACACCCUGCAGUGCCGCUUCAGCCCGGACUCCACGCUCCUCGCCACCUGCUCGGCUGAUCAGACAUGCAAGAUCUGGAGGACGUCCAACUUCUCCCUGAUGACGGAGCUGAGCAUCAAGAGCGGCAACCCCGGGGAGUCCUCCCGUGGUUGGAUGUGGGGCUGCGCUUUCUCGGGGGACUCCCAGUACAUCGUCACUGCUUCCUCAGACAACCUGGCCCGGCUCUGGUGUGUGGAGACGGGAGAGAUCAAGAGAGAGUAUGGCGGCCACCAGAAGGCUGUCGUCUGCCUGGCGUUCAACGACAGUGUGCUGGGCUAGCCUGUGACCCCUCGGGACUGCCUGGUGCAGGUGGUGGCAGCUGGAGGGUCCCAUGCAGCACCCAGGUCAGAACAGGCCCUACUACCAGCCUACGCCAGCUGGACCUGAUGGCCCCCUGUGGCACCUACCUGCUGGGCCAGGCCGCCCUGGGACUCUCAGCCCCCAGUGCUUAUCCAGAUGUGAUAGAGCGCGACCCAAGCCAGGCUGCACACUCCUGGACUGGGCUAGCCUGCACUGCCUGGGGAAGUCAGCCAAGGGCCCAAAGCUGCUGAGGGGUCUGAGGCUGGUGCCCACCCCCAAGCUAGUGUGUUUCCUGUCCCCUCCCUGCCGCGUUUCAGGGCCUCAGUCCACAGAGAACACUACCAUGGCCAGGCAGAAGGGUUUAUUAGUCCCUCCGGCAGCUGUCCUCCCUGGUGCGGGUGACCUGGCCAGCCUGCUGGAUUGGGGACAGGGACCGGGCUGGGCCAGGUCGGGGCUCAGUCUGGGAGGUAAUAAAAGCAGACUGACACACAGAUGUUGCUUGGGAAGCAGA